AUGAGAGACAGAGAUAAAGAAAGAGAUCUUGAAAGAAAAAAGAACGAGAAAAGAGAUGCAAAUGGAUUUUUUGUUUUAAUUUUCGCGCUUACAAAGCCGGGAAAGGAGCAAAAUUACAUCUUUGCCUCCAGUAAGUCAAACAAUGUCUCAAGUCAGUCAAACAACGUCCCCAGUAAGUCAGACAAUGUUCCCAGUAAGUCAAACAAUGUCUCAAGUAAGUCAAACAAUGUUCCAAGUAAGUCACACAACGUCCCCAGUAGGUUAAACAAUGUCCCCAGUAAGUCAGACAAUGUCUCCAGUAAGUCAGACAAUGCCCUCAGUAAGUCGGACAAUGUCCCCAGUAAGUCAGACAAUGUCCCCAGCAAGUCAAACAAUGUCCCCAGUAAGUCAGAAAAUGUCUCCAGUAAAUCAGACAAUUUCCCCAGUAAGUCGGAAAAUGUCCCCAGUAAGUCAGACAAUGUCCCCAGUAAGUCGGACAAUGCCCUCAGUAAGUCAGACAAUGUCCCUAGUAAGUCAGACAAUAUCCCCAGUAAGUCAGACAAUGUCUCCAGUAAGUCAGACAAUGUCCCCAGUAAGUCAGACAAUGUCUCCAGUAAGUCAGACAAUGUCCCCAGUAAGUCAGACAAUGUCCCCAGUAAGUCGGACAAUGUUCCCAGUAAAAUAGACAAUGUCUCCAGUAAGUCAGACAAUGUCCCAAGUAAGUCGGACAAUGUCUCCAGUAAGUCAGACAAUGUCUCCAGGAAGUCAGACAAUGUCCCCAGUAAGUCAGACAAUGUCUCCAGUAAGUCAGAAAAUGUCUCCAGUAAGUCGGACAAUGUCCCCAGUACGUCAGACAAUGUCUCCAGUAAGUCAGACAAUGUCCCCAGUAAGUCAGACAAUGUCUCCAGUAAGUCAGAAAAUAUCCCUAGUAAGUCAGACAAUGUCCCCAGUAAGUCAGACAAUGUCCCCAGUAAGUCAGACAUUGUCUCCAGUAAGUCAGACAAUGUCUCCAGUAAGUCAGACAAUGUCCCCAGCAAGUCAGACAAUGUCUCCAGUAAGUCGGACAAUGUCCCAUCAGACAAUGUCCCCAGUAAGUCAGACAAUGUCUCCAGUAAGUCAGACAAUGUCUCCAGUAAGUCAGACAAUGUCCCCAGUAAGUCAGACAAUGUCCCUAGUAAGUCAGACAAUGUCUCCAGUAAGUCAGACAAUGCCCCCAGUAAGUCAGACAAUGUCUCCAGUAAGUCGGACAAUGUCCCCAGUAAGUCAGACAAUGUCCCUAGUCAGUCAGACAAUAUCCCCAGUAAGUCAGACAAUGUCUCCAGUAAGUCAGACAAUGUCCCCAGUAAGUCAGACAAUGUCCCCAGUAAGUCAGACAAUGUCCCCAGUAAGUCAGACAAUGUCCCUAGUCAGUCAGACAAUAUCCCCAGUAAGUCAGACAAUGUCUCCAGUAAGUCAGACAAUGUCCCCAGUAAGUCAGACAAUGUCCCCAGUAAGUCAGACAAUGUCCCCAGUAAGUCAGACAAUGUCUCCAGUAAGUCAGGCAAUGUCCUCAGUAUGUCAGACAAUGUCUCCAGUAAGUCAGACAAUGUCUCCAGUAAGUCAGACAAUGUCUCCAGUAAGUCAGACAAUGUCCCCAGUAAGUCAGACAAUGUCUCCAGUAAGUCAGACAAUGUCCCCAGUAAGUCAGACAAUGUCUCCAGUAAGUCAGACAAUGUCUCCAGUAAGUCAGACAAUGUCCCUAGUAAGUACAUGUAUGAGGUAUAUGACGUGUUGAGAAGGAAAUAA